GGGAAAUUCAAAUUCCAAUUGAGUCAGUCCGACGCCGAAUAUUCUCAUGGCAGGGCAUAACGAUUUUAAAAAUGACGUUAUCGAUGUCAUAACUAAAACUUAAUUUGGUAUGAACUAUGUACCAGUUUUUCAAAAUUUUUAGUGUCAGCACCAAAUCAAUUAACCAAUUUAGGACUAUUUUGUACCAAAAUACAGACGAAUUUAUCGCAAAACCUUUUCCAAUCAAUAAAUAAAAGAAAAUCAAAGAUUUGGUUUCGGAUUUUUGGAAGCGCGCAUGUUUCAAGAGAAUUUAUUAAUGCAUCAUGUCCGAUCAGAAACAAAAAAGACUUCCUCGAUGGUACUUUGGAGGCGUGUCAUCAGCUGUAGCGGCAUGUGUAGUUCAUCCUUUGGACUUGUUAAAAGUACAACUUCAAACACAGCAAGAGGGCAAAUUAACUCUCGGCAAAUUAACAGCGCACAUUAUAAAAACCGAAGGUGUUUUCGCUCUCUACAAUGGCAUAUCAGCCUCCCUACUUAGACAACUCACCUACUCCAUGACGCGUUUCGGUAUUUACGAAGUUGUAAAGCAAAAAUACAAUCCUGACACUUUCGCAGCUAAAGUGGGACUAGCGGCAGGCGCAGGUGCUUGUGGUGGGUUCGUUGGUACCCCUGCUGAUAUGGUCAAUGUUCGUAUGCAAAACGACAUGAAAUUUCCAAAAGAUAAACGGAGGAAUUACAAACACGCUAUCGACGGACUAUUGCGUGUCUAUAAAGAAGAAGGCACCAAAAGAUUAUUUAGCGGAGCCUCUACAGCUACAACAAGAGCAAUUUUCAUGACAGUCGGCCAAUUGUCGUUCUACGACCAAAUUAAACUGUCUCUAAUCAACUCAGGAGUGUUUAAAGACAACCUGUUGACGCACUUUUUAUCCAGCCUGGCCGCGGGCUUAAUAGCGACGGUUCUCACGCAACCAGUAGACGUUAUCAAAACGAGGCUGAUGAAUUCAAAACCCGGAGAAUAUCCUACUGUACUUCAUUGCAUUAAGUUUACCGCACUCUUAGGACCGUUGGCGUUUUACAAAGGAAUUACGGCGUCCGCUUCAAGGCUUAUUCCAGCGAAUAUCCUUUUGUUUCUGACUUAUGAAACGUUAACGAAAAAUUUUGGACAUAUAAAAGAAUAUGCAACUUGAGGGGAUUUUCUUGAAAUUAUUUUAAGUGUAACUUAUCUAAUAUGAAGUAAAAUAUGUAAAUUUAUUAAAACUAUAUCAA